AUGUGCGGGAUGGGAGAGGAGAGGUGGCCGAGAAUAGUAUGGAAGGCGAAGUGGGCAAACAAAAAGUGGGGUAGACAACCCACGGAAUGGGUCAAGGUUGUAGAGGACGUAUGGAAGGGGCUCGACAUCGACGAAGAUGAAACACUGGAAACGGAGGGUGUACAGGGGUUCAAGGAGAAGAUAUCUGUUGCUUGUGCCGAGAGAGAAGAACAGAAUCUGAGGAAAGAAUCCAAGGAUAAGGAGGGUCUAGAAGUGUACGGAAUGUUGAAGGAAGGAAUAGGGUUCAAGGACUACCUACAUGGACCAAUGGAUGCAGGAACAAAGCUUAAGGUCAAAUUCAGGACCGGGGACAUAGGCCUUCGAGAACGUCGACGAAGACAUAGGACGGUAGACGAGGAAGACGACGAGUUCAAAUGUGAUUGCGGCUUCGAAUGCGAAGACCGUGUUCAUGUAGUCGCGGAAUGUCCGUUGUACAAGGAGAGGGAAGUCCGGCGUAACUGGUGCACGAUCGAAGGCGAGGUGCAGGCGCUGGAGCGGCUGUCGCAGGUGAUGAAGGCCCUUACGCCGAGGCACGUGGACGUGGUGGUGUGCGUGGCGAAGAAGCUCAAGGACAACCCGGGGUUGCAAGGCAAGUGCAACUACAGGGAUGUCUUGGCCAAGCUCAAGAGCGACCUCUCCGCCGACACAAGCCAGGUUUUGGACGGUCUUCUCGUCGAGCUUAAGGACCACGACGUGAUCGUGGAAGAGAAGACCGGGAAUUCCAGAUUCCUUUCCAUCUCCGGAGGGCCUGAGGUCGUUGACUUCCUCGCGGCAUACAAGCGUUAG